CUGGCGCUCAGGCCAGCGCCCGGGCCUCUGGGCCCAGGGCGGUUGCGUCUUUUAGUGCUCUGUGCCGCCUGACGCCACACUUGCGGCGGCUUUGGUUACUAACCAGCCCUUCCACUGUAGCCUGUCGCGGACACCGCCGUGGCUCGAAGAAGAAAUGCCUCCCCCUGGCCGGCUCCUGCUUUGGUUCAGCCUGGUCCUUGGCUCCUGUGCGGUCCUGCGAUCCGCGGCGCAGAUCAACUCCACCACAGACAAUCUGAAUGUCCUACUCAUCAUCCUGGAUGACCUACGUCCCUCCCUGGGCUGUUACGGAGAUAAGUUAGUGAAGUCCCCGAACAUUGAUCAGCUGGCAUCCCACAGCCUCCUCUUCCAGAAUGCCUUUGCCCAGCAAGCAGUGUGCGCCCCGAGCCGCGUGUCCUUCCUCACGGGGAGGAGGCCUGACACCACCCACCUGUAUGACUUCAACUCCUACUGGAGGGUGCACGCAGGAAACUUCUCCACCAUCCCCCAGUACUUCAAGGAGAAUGGCUACGUGACCAUGGCGGUGGGAAAAGUCUUUCACCCUGGUAUAUCUUCCAAUCAUAGUGAUGAUUCUCCAUAUAGCUGGUCUUUUCCACCUUAUCAUCCCUCCUCGGAGAAGUAUGAAAACACUAAGACAUGUAGGGGGCAAGACGGAGAACUCCAUGCCAACUUGAUUUGCCCUGUGGAUGUGGAGGAUGUGCCCGAGGGCACCUUGCCUGACAAACAGAGCACCGAGCAAGCCAUACAUUUGCUGGAAAAGAUGAAAAGCUCAGCCAGUCCUUUCUUUCUGGCUGUUGGGUAUCAUAAACCACAUAUCCCCUUCAGAUACCCCAAGGAAUUUCAGAAGUUGUAUCCCUUAGAGAACAUCACUCUGGCUCCUGAUCCUAAGGUUCCUGAUGGCCUCCCAGCUGUGGCCUACAACCCCUGGAUGGACAUAAGGCAACGGGAAGAUGUCCAGGCAUUAAACAUCAGUGUACCCUACGGCCCUAUUCCUGUGGACUUUCAGCGGAAAAUCCGCCAGAGCUACUUUGCCUCUGUGUCCUACGUGGAUACACAGGUCGGCCACCUUCUGAGUGCACUAGAUGAUCUUCAGCUGACCAACAGCACGAUCAUUGCAUUUACUUCUGAUCAUGGGUGGGCCCUAGGCGAACACGGAGAAUGGGCCAAAUACAGCAAUUUUGAUGUCACUACUCGCGUACCCCUGAUGUUCUAUGUUCCUGGAAGGACGACUUCGUUCCCGGAAGCAGGCAAAAUGCUUUUCCCUUACCUCGACCCAUUUGACUCUGCUUCCCCGUUGAUAGAACCAGGCAGGCAAACCACGGACAUCGUGGAACUUGUGUCCCUCUUCCCCACGCUCGCUGGCCUCGCAGGACUGCACAUUCCGCCUCCGUGUCCUGUUCCUUCAUUUCACGUGGAGCUGUGCAGAGAAGGUGAGAGCCUUCUGAAGCAUUUUCGAUCCCAUGACUUGGAAGAAGAUCCAGAGCUCCAUGGUAAUCCCCGUGAGUCCGUGGCCUACAGCCAGUACCCCCGGCCUGCAGACUCCCCUCAGUGGAAUUCUGACAAGCCGAGUUUAAAAGAUAUCAAGAUCAUGGGUUACUCCAUACGCACCAUAGACUAUAGGUAUACUGUGUGGGUGGGCUUCGAUCCCAAUGAAUUUCUGGCCAACUUUUCUGACAUCCAUGCAGGGGAGCUGUAUUUUGUCGAUUCUGACCCACUGCAAGACCACAAUAUAUAUAAUUACUCCCAACAUGGGGAAAUCCUUCCAUCAUUAAUGCCUUGAGUUUGGCCAGCCAGAGUGAAAAUAUUUGAGCUGGCAAGAGGAAGCACGAGAGGUGGUUAUUUUGUCAUUACCCAUAGUACUGAAAACUGGGGAAGUAAUCAAAGCAUGCAUUGACAAUUUGCCCCAUGAAUUUGUGACCAUUUCAUCCUUAGUAAUUUCUUUGGCCGUUGGAUUGGCGCUCAGCUGAAACUUUCUUUUACUUGUUUUUUUAAAACUGUUUUCCCCCCUUUGUGUCUGUUUUUAUUUUUUCCCUUUCUCUUUUAAAUAGACAUAGAUGACUCACUUAAGUAUAUAGUGAACAAAUUAUAUCAUAUAUUUGUAUAUUAAGAGCAUACUAAGCAAACAUACCAUUACACUCAAGAAAUGCUUCAUUUGUGGAAUUAUUGCAUUUAAAAACGGAAACAUACAUCUAAUUAGGUUCUACUCUAAGGUCCCAGUUAUUUUGUUUAUAAUUUAAGAAUAUAUAGUAGGUAGUCUAAUCUAUUCAAAAUGUAUCAAUAUGUAACUCACACUUCUGUCUCAGAUAUAAAGUUAAGUAAUUAUAGAAACACAUAAUUACAGAAACCAAUACCUUCAAUUUUUGUUUCUAAAAACAUAGUAUUUCAAAAUCCAAACAUAACAUAUCCAUGAAAUUAUUAAUACGUAAUUUCUACAUUAAUAAAUAACACCUAGUAUAUUGAAGGGAUGAGAUGUGUGGAAAAUUUGGUUAAAAGUUUUCAGAUAGUUUCUGGCCCAAAUAAUAAUAUGUUAGCAAGUAAUGUGACCUUCGAACUCGCUGGCCUUCCGUUAAGGCUGUCAUUCGUAGUGAGAUACAUUUCAGUGUAAUACCCAUGACUUGUGAGUCACUCAAAGCCAUAUUAAUGUUCCUUUUCAAGAAUGGUUGACUGCAGCCAUCUAUUUAUCCAGGAGGCAGAAAAUAGCCUAGUUUUAAUCCCUUAUUUAAAAAAACAUUAAUUUUAUUACAUUCUAAAUUGAAUAUUGUGAAAACAUCUUAUUAGUUUAAUAUGAAGUAAUUCUCUAAUCUCCUGAAUGUACUUCUUUAUUCCCUAAAUAUGAAAGUAAUAAGCCAGGCAUAGUCCAGUGAACUGUGUGCACAGCAGGCUGUCUGUAUCCUUGGAAGCUCUAAAAUAUAACACCAUCACUGACAUAGUCCCUGUCAUCUCAAAAGGAGUGGAGUGUCGCACGUUGUAUUCUAGCGUGAGAAGGCUGACGAAUGAUCGUAGUCAUCAGAAGCAUGAGUAACUUUCUGAAUUCACAGCUCAGACAGUUUCUUAUCACGAUGAGCAAUGUUAGGCUUUUUUCAUUACAAACGCCUCAAUGUUAGAAGGUAAAUAUUUGUGAAAUAGGGUAUAGCAAAUUGCGAAUUAGCUUAAGCUACUGCAGUGGGUUACAUAGCUAGA